UCCCCACCAAUAAAAGGACCAGGGAGGAUCAGAGAGGCCAGAGGAUCCUAAGCAGCGCACCCGCAGCCCUCACCUACGUCCGCAGCGCUCAGCCUCUGCUCAGACCCACACGAUGUCUUGCCGCUCCUACCGGAUCAGCUCAGGAUGUGGGGUCACCAGGACCUUCAGCUCCUGCUCGGCUGUGGCCCCCAGAACUGGUAGCCGUUGCUGCAUCAGCGCAGCCCCCUACCGAGGGGUGUCCUGCUACCGGGGUCUCACGGGCUUCGGCAGCCGCAGCCUGUCGAACCUGGGCUCCUGUGGGCCCCGCCUCGCUGUGGGCAGCUUCCGCGCCGGCUCCUGCGGCCGCAGCUUCGGAUACCGCUCCGGCGGCGUCUGCGGCCCCAGCGCGCCCUGCAUCACCACCGUGUCGGUCAACGAGAGCCUCCUGGCGCCCCUCAACCUGGAGAUCGACCCCAAUGCGCAGUGCGUGAAGCAAGAGGAGAAAGAGCAGAUCAAGAGCCUCAACAACAGGUUCGCUGCCUUCAUCGACAAGGUGCGCUUCCUGGAGCAGCAGAACAAGCUGCUGGAGACCAAGUGGCAGUUCUACCAGAACCAGCGCUGCUGUGAGAGCAACCUGGAGCCGCUGUUCAGUGGCUACAUCGAGACGCUGCGGCGGGAGGCCGAGUGUGUGGAGGCCGACAGCGGGAGGCUGGCCUCGGAGCUCAACCACGUGCAGGAGGUGCUGGAGGGCUACAAGAAGAGGUAUGAAGAGGAAGUGGCUCUGAGAGCCACAGCCGAGAAUGAGUUCGUGGUUCUGAAGAAGGACGUGGACUGCGCCUACCUGCGGAAAUCAGACCUGGAGGCCAACGUGGAGGCGCUGGUGGAGGAGUCCAGUUUCCUGAAGCGCCUCUAUGAUGAGGAGAUCCGUGUUCUCCAAGCCCACAUCUCGGACACCUCAGUCAUCGUCAAGAUGGACAACAGCCGGGACUUGAACCUGGACAGCAUCGUGGCCGAGAUCAAGGCUCAGUAUGACGACAUCGCCAGCCGCAGCCGGGCUGAGGCUGAGAGUUGGUACCGCACCAAGUGCGAGGAGAUAAAGGCCACGGUGGUCCGGCAUGGGGAGACCCUGCGCCGCACCAAGGAGGAGAUUAACGAGCUGAACCGCCUGAUCCAGAGGCUGACCGCCGAGAUCGAGAAUGCCAAGUGCCAGAACUCCAAGCUGGAGGCCGCCGUGGCCGAGGCCGAGCAGCAGGGUGAGGCGGCCCUCAACGACGCCCGCUGCAAGCUGGCCGGACUGGAGGAGGCCCUGCAGAAGGCCAAGCAGGACAUGGCCUGCCUGCUGAGGGAGUACCAGGAGGUGCUGAACUCCAAGCUGGGCCUGGACAUCGAGAUCGCCACCUACAGGCGCCUGCUGGAGGGCGAGGAGCAGAGGCUGUGCGAAGGUGUGGGCUCUGUGAAUGUCUGCGUCAGCAGCUCCCGAGGCGGCGGAAUCUCCUGUGGGGGUCUCACAUAUAGCACCACCCCAGGGCGCCAAAUUGCAUCUGGCCCCUCGGCCAUAGGGGGCAGCAUCACCGUGAUGGCCCCCGAUGCCUGUGCCCCCUGUCAGCCCCGUCCCUCCAGCUUCAGCUGUGGGAGCAGCCGGUCGGUCCGCUUCGCAUAGAGUCCGGGGCCCGCCUGCAUCAGCCAGGCUCAGGGUGGUGUGUGAAUGGAAAAUGUGUGCUUGCUUCCAGAAUCUUCCACAUGUUCCUACAGAGGGAAAGACCCUCUGGCCGCUCUCCGCCACCUUCUUAUUUUAGGGCAUUGCUUCCUGGUUCUCCUCAACUUCAGUUAGAGUCAUUCCCAGCCCUUCGCUUAAGUCCGAUUUGACUCCAAAACACCUGUGGCCAAUUUGUAUUAUCCACCAAGCUCUCUGGGACACUACUGGUCACCCAGGGUGGCUAGACAUCAUGGAAGCCUGGCCUUCCCCUGGACAAGGAAUGAGCCUAACCAUCCAGCCAGGUCUCCUACCACCUGAGAACCAAAGAGGAAGCCCCCCUACCCCACCCCCAAUAGCUGCCUUCUCCUGAUUGGGGAGGUCUCUGCAGGAAGCACUUGCCAGGUGGUUAUUUUGUGUUUUGCUUGUUUCUCUGACUCACUGCCUUCUUCUGGGUUAACCUGUGCCAGCCAAACUCUUCACGUGACCUCGCAGUUGAGAGGCCCAGUUGAAAGGGGGGGAAUCCUUUUGAUUUGGGACAGGUCUCGCUCUUCAAUGCACCUUUAAACAUUUCACAGACAACUCUACGGUUGCUCCAGAUCUCCCCCUGCUGGUGCAGGAGGGGUCUGUCCAGUGCAGAGCGGGCGGGAUGGAGAAGGUCAGGCCACUUCCCGGGUCUCCCUCUGGUUAUGACUGUCUGUGGGUGCCUUGCCUGCUGGGUUGUCUCAAUCUGUGUCUCAAUAAAUGCUGCUGCGAUGCAAGGAUA